ACAGUACCCAUUUGUGACUUUUGGCGUAAAAUAAUAUAAAAACCCUCUUCUGAGCGUGCACCACCUGCAUAGUCAUCGUCUUCUUACAAUUAGAGCUUCCACAGAGCAAGCGAGAGAGAGAGAGAGAGAGAGGGGGUUUGAACUACUGGGGCUUGCACCUUUGCGUUGCGGUCGCUGUUUAUCUGGAAAGGAGGACUGAGGUGUAUCUGAGUGAUCACAACGGUAAAGAAGCAAAGUUGGUGGCAUGGGAGUGGAAAAUGUGGCUGAUCUUCCACCUCUGGAUCCAGCUGUUGUUUUGAUUGGAACAGCAAAGGGAGGUAAUGUUGGACCUCCUAGUGGUCUUGUUGACAUUGGCGUGAGUGAAGCUGCCUACCUUUUUCGAGUUGCACUUCCUGGUAUUCGGAAGAAUGAAUGUAAGGUAAAAUGUGAUAUCCAACGUGAUGGAAAGGUUCAUAUAGAAGGAAUCAUGACAGGUGUUGGACUUUUGAGAAACUCGUCAACUGUGUACCAUUCGAGAGUCCAGCAACUAUGCCCACCAGGAGCAUUUAGCAUAUCUUUCCGUCUUCCUGGACCUGUUGACCCCCGUUUGUUUUCUCCUUAUUUCCGGCAUGAUGGAAUCCUGGAAGUGGUGGUUAUGAAAGGCAAAGUACCUCUACCCGGAGAAGGCAGGUUUCCAAAUCUGUGAGGUUAGUGGAAGGGCACUCUCUUAGGUUCUGUCUUGUUUGGAAAAAAAGCAGUGUGUUUUAAUUGGCGCAGUGAUGCAUAGAGUCAGUUUGAGGAGAAAAUCAGACUUUAUAUAAAUGGAUAAUGAAGUUCAAAUA